AUGAUAAUCUUCAACCAUUCCAGCUUCAUGACCUUCACUCUGAUGGGCAUACCUGGCUUAGAGUCACAGCACUUAUGGCUAUCUGUUCCUUUCUCCUCCAUGUUUUUGGCUAUCUUCAUUGGCAACGGUACUAUCCUCUUCCUGGUGGCCACAGAGCCCACACUUCGCACACCAAUGUACCUGCUCCUGGCUCUGCUGAUGGCAGCUGACCUCAUAUCCACUCUGGCUCUGGUGCCCAAGCUCCUCUGCCUCUUCUGGUUCAAUGAUCGGGACAUAGCUGCCAAUGCCUGUUUCACCCAGAUGUUUUUCAUCCAUGGAGCAUCCGUGGUGCGAUCAGCCCUACUUGUUGCAAUGGCCUUUGAUCGCUUUGUGGCUGUGUGUGAGCCAUUACGUUACAACACAUUUCUGAGCCAUUCCCUAGUUGGACGCCUGGGACUGUUGGCUCUAGCCAAAGGUGUGAUUCUUAUCCUGCCCAUGCCUCUUCUACUUCAAAGGUUGACCUUCUGCCACAUAGUCAUUCCUCACACCUACUGUGAUCACAUGGCUGUGGUGAAAAUGGCCUGUGGCCACACCAGACCCAAUCGUAUCUAUGGCCUCUUUGUGAUCCUACUUGUGGUGGGACUUGAUCUGCUGCUCAUUGGCUUCUCUUAUGCCUUCAUCCUGCAGGCUGUAGUACGUCUCAACUCUCAAGCUGCCAUCUGCAAGGCCCUCAACACGUGCUCAGCCCACCUCUUUGUCAUCCUUGUCACUUAUGUGCCUGCACUCUUUUCCUCUGUUACCCAUCGCAUUGGUCGCAAUAUCCCACCUCAUGCCCAUAUUCUCCUUGCCAAUCUCUACCUUCUCCUACCCUCAAUGCUCAACCCCAUCAUCUAUGGUAUAAAGAUGAAGGAAAUACGGGACAAGGUGAAUAAAUGCCUGUGCAAAAGAACUUCAUAA